GGCGGACCGACCGACCGGUGAACCUCCAACAGAAGGCCCGUGUGACAAGUCUGUCCCGUGUGGGGUGCUUGAGAUCAGAGCGGCCCGUUUGCUGUAUGCCAUGGCGCUGUAGAUCCUGGGACGUAUCUGGAAACCUGCGUCUUCGACACGUGUGCAACGAAUGGAGACUUCCUCUGCGCUAAUCUAGAGGCAUAUUAUGACUCUUGUAUGCGCGCAGGCGUGUCUCCUUUCUCUUGGCGAACAGCAGACCUUUGUCCUAUGGAUUGCCCAGCAAACAGCCAUUUCUCUACAUGCACGAGCGCCUGCCCUGCGACCUGCGUGAACCCCAGCGCCCCUGACAACUGCAACCUUCCCUGCGAGGAAGGCUGCGAGUGCGAUGAAGGCUACGUGCUAAGUGGACAGGAAUGCGUACUUCAAACGAACUGCGGUUGCAUCGACGACGAGGGGUUCUACCAUGCACUAGGAGAUGUGUGGCAAGAUGACGGUGAGAUGUGUGAAUGCCUUGCAGAAGACACGAUCGUCUGUGAAGGAUUAACCCGGACCGACCUGUGUGCAAGGCCAGCGAGAGGAAUUUGCCGCGCAUGCGGAGAUCCACACGUCACGAUGUUCGACGGAAAGCGUCAUCACUUCCAAGGCCCGUGCAGAUACACAUUCGCCAAGGACUGUGGGAACCCUAGCGACUUUACAGUGGAAGUACAACACGUGCCCGUACCCCGCAGGCCAGUUGUGUCCGUUGUGCGUGAAGUGUUCGUCAUAGCACACGGGUACGAAAUCGGAAUUCACCAAGGAAAUGAUGUGACGGUGAAUGGAGUGCUGUACUCGGUUCCAUUCACUCUGGCCAUGGACAAGAUUGACGUUAGGUACCGAGGUAUAUGGGUUCACGUGCGGCUGGUAGAGUACUGCGUGGACAUCUUCUACAAUGGGCGUCACUGUGUGAAGGUGACGGUUACUCCUUACUACUGGGGCAGGAUGUGUGGACUGUGCGGUAACUACAACGGCGUCAUGAGCGAUGACCUCAUGAUGUCAGACCUUGAGACCAUCGCUCUGAACUGGAACGAUUUCGGAGAUAGCUGGCUGGUCGAGGAUGAAGACGAUGAGAGAUGUGGAGGACACCCACCCCCGCCCACGUGUCCACCAGGCUUGCUGACAGCUGUGUCGGCAAAUGACAUGUGUGGGCUCAUUACAGACACUGACGGUCCGUUUGCUGGGUGCCAUGGCUGUGUGGAUCCUUUAGAUUUCUUCAAUGACUGCGUCUUUGACAUGUGUGCACAGGACGGAGAAAUCGAGGGCCUCUGUGAGAACCUAGAGGCAUACGCUGACGCCUGUGAGGACGACGGUGUGGCCAUUACUUGGCGUACUUCGACCCGUUGUCCCUUGCCGUGUCCACCUAACAGCCAUUACAAUCCGUGCACGAGCAUCUGUCCUCCGACCUGCCAGCAUCCCCUCCCGGACCUAGCGUGUGUAGGAUGUGUAGAAUGCUGCGAGUGCGAUCCAGGGUACGUCAUGAGCGGACCGCACUGUGUCCCGCUAGAGGAGUGCGGAUGCACUGACCCUGACACCGGCCGUUAUUACGAGCUCGGAGAAACCUGGGUAGAGGACGGUCAACGUUGUAUUUGCAGAAAAAACAACAAAAUUAUCUGCAAAGGAUGUUCUUUCGACAUCGUGUUCAUACUGGACCGUUCUUCAAGUAUUGGACCGUACGGGAUGUACAUCGCCGAGAAAUACAUCGCUCAUAUCAUCAAGUGUCUGUAUGGUCUGGAUGUAUACGUCGGGUACAUUGUGUUUGACUGCAUAUCGACGUGGCUGAUCUCUCUGGGACUCUACAACGUGGAUACAUCCGGCCUCAUCCCCAAAAUCAAGGCUGCUGAGUUCACUGGAGGGGAGAGCCGAACUGGGCAUGCCAUUUAUCAUAUGAUGUGUACGGCCAAUUACCGAAAUGGAAUCCCCAGUGCGGCUGUUGUACUGACAGAUGGUUUUGCGUAUAAAGAGUACCCGAGCAACCUGUAUGAAAUCCAGUCCGACUUAGCAAGGGCAAUGGGCAUUGAGUUGUACGCUGUGGCAGUUGGAAGGGACCCCCUCUUCAACUUCAAUGGGCUUGCGAACAUCGCAGGUGGCUCAGACCGAGUGUUCGACCGUUACAGUUGCUGCGCUCUUGCCAUCAGGCUGAUGGAAGACUUAUGUGUGGCGUGUGACGUGAGUUCAGACCUGUUUUUCGUUCUGGACGGAUCUGGCAGCGUAGGCCCUGAUAACUUCGAAACAGUCAAACAGUUUGUUGUGAAUGUGGUCAGCGCCUUCACCAUCAGCUUAACGGACACCAGGGUUGGUGUUGUCCAAUACUCCCAUUUUAACACACUGGCGUGUAACCUGGGAGACCAUCCUGAUGAGGCAUCUUUCGUCACCGCCAUCAACACCAUGCAACACCAAGACGGAGGCACGACAACGGGAGAUGCUAUGGAUUUCGCGCGCCAAGAGGCCAACUGGAGGGAUGCACCUACUCCAAGAAUUAUGAUAGUUCUGACUGACGGGAAGUCAGGGGAUGACGUCGUCGCGGCUGCCCAAGCUUUGGCCGCGGACGGUGUAACCGUGUACGCCAUCGGUGUGGCCAACUUUGACACCGCAGAGCUGCUAGAGAUCACCAACGGCAACCAGGACCGUGUGAUUGAGCUGAAAGACUAUACCGCCCUGACUGCGAGCAUCAACAGCAUCGUUAAGGCCCUUUGCAUCGAUAAUAACCCCUGUGAGAAGGCUGUAGACCCUGGACCCUGCAGGGCUUACUUUCCACGGUGGUACUUCAACAGCCAGACUGGGCAGUGUGAACAGUUCAUCUAUGGAGGCUGCCUUGGUAACGACAACAACUUUGUAACCGCGCAAGAAUGUCAGAAUACCUGUGGACCUACUGACCCCUGCGAGCAGGCAAUGGACCCUGGACCCUGUAAAGCAGCAUUCCCACGGUGGUACUUCAACAGCCAGACUGGGCAGUGUGAACAGUUCAUCUAUGGAGGCUGCCUCGGUAACGACAACAACUUUGUAACCGAGCAGGAAUGUCAGACCACCUGUGGACCUACUGACCCCUGUGAGCAGGCUAUGGACCCUGGACCCUGUGAGGCUAUCUUCCCACGGUGGUACUUCAACAGCCAGACUGGGCAGUGUGAACAGUUCAUCUAUGGAGGCUGUGAUGGUAACGGCAACAACUUUGUAACCGUGGAGGAAUGUCAGGAUACUUGUGGAGUCACUACUGUCGGAUAAUCCGAUACUUUUCCGCUGAUGACUACUGACAAACGGACAGCCUGAUCACAGUAUUCAAGAAGAGAGUGUGAUUCCUUUGAACUUUUUUAUCUUUUAUUUCAGAUUUCAAGUCCUAAUCAUGUCAACUUGUUACCGUGGUCUUAACUACACUAUAACAUAAAUAAAACUACACUAUAAGGUAAAAGACCUUAGUGAUGCUGAAACACUUUUAAAUGAAUUCAAACUGUCAGAGGAAUCAUGUAUCACUUUUAGAGUGCUGUUGGGCAUAUUUUCUACUCUGAAUUCUUAUGUCAAGAUUAGUCUUAUCUUCUUCUAGAUGACCAGGUACGCUUCCUAACUAAGCGAUAUCAUUGCAUCUAGGUGGCCCAAACGGAUAAUUGUGAUACGCUCUCUCGUACUCUCUUUCUGUCUAUCUCUUCAAAGAGGGCCAAAACAGCCUGCCAGCCUCUUCUGUCCACCAGUGCUUGCUUCUUCGCUCCUUCAAAGGAGUAAUCCAACGCAUUUAGGUGUGUGACGCUGCUUUAUGGUCUCUGCUAAAGUGCUACAAUCAAAAAUGAAACUGGCAUGUAACUAUGUGGUUUAAUAGCACUAUUAUCUCAGCUAGAAUUUCUUGCUAGAAUGCUAGGUGCGCUCGUAGUCUGUCUCCAGCAAAACACAAUGUUCCUCAUCACAACGUGUGUAAGGACGUGUUCUUUCAACCUGCUACUCUAUGGAGGACACGUUUUAAUCUACGUACGCUCCCUCACAGUCUGCUCAACAAUAGUUGUGGUUCUUGCAGAAACAUUGGGAGAUUCAGGCAAGUGAUCCAGCCAAACUGAAAUUGACGAUUGCCUAACUUAACGACAAUGUCAUUAACAUGAAAAACACAUCUUGAAAAGGCUGGAUCUAAGUUGUUUUUUUUAAACAGCUGAAGUAUAAAAUCAUGUAUUUGGUGAGUAGGUGUCGGGAAAUUCCGGUGAAAUUUGUCAAAAUUGGUCUAUAAUUUCCACCACAAUAUAUCUGGACUAAAACAACAUGGCAAUGAUCUUGCUUUCCUAUUAGUUGUCACGUUGUUUGGUGUAUUUCGCCCUGAACAAGAAACAAUUGCCCUCAACAUACAAAACAUAAAUAGAAAAUCACUUGAUAAGUCUACUAUAUAAUUCAAGAAGAUUCCUUAAUUACCUAUGGUGUUAAAUGCUGCUAAACGGGGCAAUGUGUUGAAUGUAUAUCAAUAAGUUAAUCGGAAUAUCAUAUUAACCAAGACAAGUUCAUGAGAAGCACAGUAGCAUUAUGCAAUUGUUGAUUUGUUUUAUUUAUCAAAAAUCUAAAUCGAUCAAACAAUUGCAUAGCGUUAUCUGGCUCGAUACACCGAACGACGUGUUAUAUGUCACGGGUAGCUGAUAAGUUUAAAAUCUAACUAUGCUUGCGCUAUGAUUUAAGGCAUUUAGAUUGGAUAAAAUGCUUCGUUACGGAAUUACAGUACGUAAUGCUGAACGCUAGAUGCUUUUCGCGCAGUGGUGAAAUAGUUCAAUUGGUAUUAUUGGGUCUAAGUUAUCCAUACUAUAAUGAUAUGUUAUCCAUAUUAUUUCAUGGUGAAGAAUUCUUCUCGUAAUGUUGAUUGAAUAAUAAUUGUUAAAAGACAAUGCAAAUAAAAAUUGUAAAGACAUUGCCAAUAAAACAAAAGGACCCACAAAUAUUUUGACCAAAGAUGCUUAAUUGCUUAAAGCGUUAUCAGGUAAGACUCGAAAUGUCCCCAUGCCAGAUACAUACAUUUUCGUCUUAAAAUUUGGACCAUACAAUGAAAUGUGACUACUUGAAUCGUUCUUGACCUUCGAACUUAAAGAUUGUAGAUUGUCAAUAGAAAGGUUUAUGCUGUGGUGAUGAAGAAAAAUGUUUCAGUUAGAACGAUUAAGAGAUUGUUUACAGGCUCAUAAGAUAGGUAUAGACUGUGUAUAAAAUGAUUCCACAUCGACAAUGACAAGGAAAUUGCUGAUGAGACCGGGAUCUUUGUACACCCUGCAACAUUUCAGAGGUGUAGCGUACAUACAUAAAUAACUUCUAUGUAUAAGAUACAACCAAUGACAAUGAAUAUUGUCCGUACAUAACAGGCUGAAGGAUUUUUAAGUCAAGACGGUUAAAGAACAAGUUCGACAUUUCAACUGGAAACUGGUAACUGAAUCAUUCACAGCAGACCCAUAUAGGUAAUAAAUGGUAAACGAUAA